AUUAGUCAGAGUGAGGACUGCAACUGAGGAGUGGCUGCACCAUGAGUGUCUCUGCUCAGAGCUCCAGUCGAUUCCCAGGCAGCAUCUCUGGCUUCCUCCAAGUGGCCUCUGUGCUUGGUCUGCUUCUGCUGCUGGUCAAAGCGGUCCAGUUCUACCUGCACAGGCAAUGGCUACUCAAGGCUUUCCAGCAGUUCCCAUCACCUCCCUUUCACUGGUUCUUUGGACAUAAGCAGUUCUACGGCGACCAAGAACUACAGAAUAUGAUGGCAUGCAUAGAGAGCUUCCCAAGUGCCUUUCCUCGAUGGUUCUGGGGGAGCAAAGCCUACUUAAUUGUCUAUGACCCUGAUUACAUGAAGGUGAUUCUGGGACGAUCAGAUCCAAAGGCUCAUGGUGCCUACAGAUUGCUAGCUCCUUGGAUUGGGUAUGGUUUGCUCUUGCUGAAUGGACAACCAUGGUUCCAGCACCGGCGGAUGCUAACCCCAGCCUUUCACUAUGACAUUCUGAAACCCUAUGUGAAAAACAUGGCCGACUCCAUUCGAUUGAUGCUAGACAAAUGGGAACGGCUGGCUGGUCAGGACUCCUCUAUAGAGAUCUUUCAACACAUCUCCUUAAUGACCCUAGACACCGUCAUGAAGUGUGCCUUCAGCCACAAGGGUAGUGUCCAGGUGGAUAGAAACUACAAGACCUACAUACAGGCCAUUGGGGACUUGAAUAACCUAUUUCACUCCCGUGUGAGGAAUAUCUUUCAUCAGAAUGAUACCAUCUACAAUCUUUCUUCCAAUGGCCGCUUGUCCAACCAAGCUUGUCAACUUGCCCAUGAUCACACAGAUGGAGUGAUCAAACAGAGAAAGGAUCAGCUGAAGGAUGAGGGAGAGCUGGAAAAGAUCAAGAAGAAGAGACGUUUGGAUUUUCUGGACAUCCUCUUAUUUGCCAGAAUGGAGAAUGGGGACAGCAUGUCUGACAAGGACCUACGUGCUGAGGUGGACACAUUCAUGUUUGAGGGCCAUGACACCACAGCCAGUGGAGUCUCCUGGAUCUUCUAUGCUCUGGCCACACACCCUGAGCACCAACAGAGAUGCAGAGAGGAAGUUCAGAGCCUCCUGGGGGAUGGAUCCUCCAUCACCUGGGAUCACCUGGACCAGAUUCCCUACACCACCAUGUGCAUCAAGGAGGCCCUAAGACUCUACCCACCUGUCCCAGUCAUCGUUAGAGAACUCAACACAUCUGUCACCUUCCCUGAUGGACGCUCUUUACCAAAAGGUAUCCAGGUCACACUCUCCAUUUAUGGUCUCCACCACAACCCGAAGGUGUGGCCAAACCCAGAGGUGUUUGACCCUUUCAGGUUUGCACCAGACUCUCCCCGACACAGCCACUCAUUCCUGCCCUUCUCAGGAGGAGCUAGGAACUGCAUUGGGAAACAGUUUGCCAUGAAUGAGCUGAAGGUGGCCGUGGCCCUGACCCUGCUCCGCUUUGAGUUGCUGCCAGAUCCCACCAGGAUCCCAAUCCCCAUUCCAAGACUUGUGUUGAAGUCCAAGAAUGGGAUCUACCUACGUCUCAAGAAGCUCCACUGACUCUGUUGUGGAUCUCCGAAGUCUGAAAUGAGUUUCACUGGCAGAAAGCUAAGUUGUUGGUGUGACCAACCUUCUUCAGAAGAGUGUUCCAGAAAGUCCUCUCCUCCUCUAUUCAGGAUAGAUCAUCAUUCCUUGGCACUGGACUACUCCCCUGCUUUAAAGCCAGCAUCCUCCCCAUCCUCUCUCUUCUAAUUUCCUUCCCUUUUACAAAUGCACUUAUGACAUCAUCAAGACCACUAAAAAACUCCAAGAUAAUUUUUCCAUCUCAAUAUGCCUUACUCGCUCUAACCUAGUAAGUUCCUUUUGAAUUAUGAGGAAUAACUCAAUAUGUUCCAUGGACUCCAAAAUUCAAGACCUGAAUAUCGUUGUGAAGCCAUUAUUCAGUCUAGUAUCAUUUUCACAUGACUGUUACCUGGUGCUUUCAUCUAAAUUUCUCCUGCAUAGUCUCUCUCUACCUGACGCCCCUCACACAAGUUUCUCCAUCUUCCCUCCUUUCUGCAAUAAACUUCCCAGUGCCGUUCACAGCA